AUGAUCAUCGAAGCCAUGUUGAUCGGAGGCUUUAGCUUCACUGCCGUCUGCGCUGUCUCGGCAUCAGGUGCUGUAGACAAGAUCGCAGAAGAGUCAGGACUGCAGGAGAAGGGGGAGCUGGACAAAUGGAGGCAAAAGAACGAGUUUGACAUGCGCGACCUCCUCGACGUCGAUGACUUCAUUAAGGAUGUGAAAGAAGAAAUCGGGCUAGAGGUUGAAGAGAAAGAGGAAACCCCAAAGAACGACACUGAAAAGCCUGAAGUGGAGGCAGGAAACAUCUGA